AUGACCUCCCAGCAACGAGAUGAAAGCAAUAUCGAUGCAGCUGAAGUUCGUGCCCGAAUGCGAAUGGCUGAGGAUCACAAUUUGGCGUAUCAAUUACAGCAACAGGAAUAUGAUUCACAUUAUGGAAGAAAUCGAGCAGAAAGACAACUAAUAGGCCAUGAUACGCGAAGGAGCCGAGUUGAACAAAAUCGAGAAAGAGAUGAUGCAAGACAAAGGCAUUUAAAUGAUAUAAAUAGCAUCACGGCUCACGAUGAAAAUGUGGCCAGACAACUGCAAAUGGAAAUCGAAAAAGAAGCACAAAUGAUGAAACAAAUGCAAUUGAGACACGACGAGGAAUUGGCAAAGAGAUUGGCCGAUGAAGAACAAAGGGGAACAGGGCCAUCGAUGAGUACGCAACCCCAAAAUGUGAUCGCUCCUCGAGUUCCGAUCUCUCAACCACUUCCACUCCAAAUGACCACAAAUCAAGGCUCAGAACUUCGCGUUGAGAAUCGGCCAAUUCGUGAUCUUUUGACGGGUGAUGAAUUGAAUCUCGAUGAAAGGACACAAAAUGAAUUGAAUCGAAUGGCCGAUCCAAGUUAUGUUCCAUUGGAUUCAAUGAUUUCAACAACUGAAUUCCCCCGCCACACAACGACAUUUGGAGUGAAUUUGAGUGCAUCAACGAGUCAGUUGGAUGCUCAACGAGGAGGAGUAGAUAGUGGAGGACAAAUCUCCCCAUCAUUCAACAAUCAACAAAUGUCUAAUUUCUCUUCAACUUCUCCUUCUUAUCAAACACAAUCACAACAACAAUCACAAUUUCAAGCAACUACAACAGCUCGUCGAGUUCAGGGUGUUCCCCUGCCCGGUCUCGCGAAUCCCCGUCUCUCCUCAAUCGAUCAACGAAACGAUGACGAUCAAUGGCCAGCUCCACCACAAAAUAUUCACACUCCACAACUGUUACAACAAAAUUAUCUGGCCACUCUGUACGAUCCGAGCCAUUCCACGCAAAUCCCUCCACGUUCGCCCAUUCAACAGUCGCCAAUUCAAGAGCAAUUUCCUCAACAGCCAUAUCAGUCCUAUUCAACCAAUCAAUAUCCCCACAAUGUUCCUCAAUCGCUUCAAAUGGCAUCAACAAAUCCAUUUUUGAUGGAUAUCAUUCAGAAUCCCACUCAACCCGUUCAAUCAACUCAUUCCAAUCCACCAUAUCCGCUUGUUCAAUCAACAUCAAUUCCUCAAAGACAACUUGACGAGCCACCACCAUCUUAUUUCUCCGAAUUCGGUCUUCCACCACCCUCAAAUCUCGCAAUGGGGCCAAGA